AAGAUGAAGCCAGCACAUACCCACAAACGGCUGUCAAGUUUCGACCCAUAUAUAUCAACACCUUACUCUACCUUUUUUCUGUAUUCGAACGCGCUGAAUAUUCUUCAACCCUUCCCUCCCAACAAACGGCACCAUGCCUCAUCCCUCAUCCUUCCCUACCUACCCACCGUCCUCCUACGUCCUAGUCCCCUUUCUCCUCGCCUUCUUCCUCGUCCUCUACCAAGCCCUACCCCAGCUUACCGCACAGCGUUACUCUCGUGGUAAGCAUCAGCCACCCCCCCCCCCCCGCCCUCGUGGCCGUCCCCCUCCUCGUCCCACGCCACUACCACCACCACCGCCCAGCGACUUGAAUCGUACCCGUCCCCAUCUCCCUGCCCUUCACACUGCCAACUUGCCUCGACUCGAGGACUAUGCGCCAGCACCAAUACCCACUUUCUUCCCGGGCUUCCGGGUGAACGAAGCCAUGCGCAAGGCCCGCCACCUCCAUGCCAUCGAAGCAGCAUGGGCACGUGCCUUUCGAGAGAUGCGAGGCCAUAUCCAGACGCUGCGUGACCAGGUACAGGACCACUGGGAGCAAAGCCAGGGAUUGCAGGAGCAAGUCUGGAGGCACGGGGACAUCGAGGUGAUGUCGUCUUCUACCAGCACGCAGACUUUAGAUUUUGAUUUGCCGAACAUGUCUGGAGCGGGGGAGGUUCCCAGGAGCGACGAUGCAUAUUUCGAGUGCAACAACGUCUACGACGGGAGUGGCAGUGAGGAGAGCACAAGGCCGGAAUGGCAUUGGGGAGGGAGGAGAAGCAAUGUGUACGGUGAUGGGGCGUAUGCGGUUGGGCAUUCCCCGCGGGCGAGACACUUGUUUGCGUUGCAGUCUGCUGCGGCAGCAGCGCAAGCCCGGCGAAGGCACGAGAGUAGGAGUGGGAAUGGGAGAGCGCUGGAAUCAGAGUGGGUGCUGUAAAUUCGUUAGCCAUUCGCGUGCUCAAGGUUGAUAAGUUGGUUUUUUGAAUGAAUAGAAUAGAACAGAUUAUGAAACGUGCGCAGAGAGGUCCACAGCAAGUUGCAGGGUAGCGAAGCUACCGAUUUUCAUAAGAGCUGGAACAAGGCGCUUGAGCUGCUUGUUAGUGAGCCUUUUCUCUCCGCUGGCAAGAUCACUUAGAUGCUGGGCAUUUUUGAUCCGGGAGCAUAGUCGGAUAUGUUUGCCGUCGACCUCGUCCUGCAUCCGAUGAUAAG